AUGAAGGCGAAGUAUUCCUGGUUAAUAUAUUCUUGCUUAAUUUUCAUAUCCGGCAAUUUGUGUGACAGAAACCUCGAAAGACGACCAGCUGUAUCAUCGUGCUCAGUAAACACUGAUGAUAAGUUUCAUUGUUCAAAUGGACGGUGCAUCGAAUGGUCGUGGGUUUGUGAUGGUCGUAAGGAUUGUCCAGAUGGUUCAGACGAGACCAAAGAGCUGUGUGCUCGAUAUGACUAUGGAUACACACAUUUUUUCAAAAAUUGCGGUUUAGCGAAUUUCAAGGAAGAUAUAUUGGUAUUGGUCAAUGGGAAACAAAAACUUUUUGCAACGCCAUCUUGGUUUGUUGAGAUAUAUAAAAGAAACCCUAAAAAUAUUAAUGUGUAUAACUUGUUGUGUGGAGGAUCAAUUAUUGCUUCAAAUGUAGUAAUUUCUGCGGCAAGUUGUUUUUGGACAAAAGAUAUGUUAUCUAAGCAAAUAUCAAUAAACGAUGAUCUAUACAAAAUUAUUGUUCCAAAUAAUUACAAUAACAUUGGUCACAAAAUGCAUGUGGAAACGAUUUACUUGAAAGAAGAUUAUAAUGAUAUUGAUGGGUUAUAUGCUGAAGAUAUUGCUGUUAUUGUGCUGACGGAAAAACUUUCGUUUAGUAAUGGCGUUUUCCCUGUUUGUAUCGAUUGGUAUAAUAAGUAUGAUGUAAAGAAUGGAGAUGAAGGAACGGUUGUUGUUCAUGCCUCAGAAAUGGAAAAUGACGAAAAAGUUUCAAUAGGAACUGUUGUUCUAUAUAUUGAUUCUAGUACUUGUCACAAUAAGUAUUUACCAGACGAUUUUCAUCAUUUUGUAACUUCUGACAAGUUUUGUGCCGAAACUGAAUUGGUACUACAAAAUGUUGGAAAUGACGGAACAGGCAUAUACAUGAUUCACUUUAAUUCUUAUUAUUUACAAGGAGUAUUGAGUGUCAAGGCUUUUUUAAAAAACAAUACAGUCAUAGGUUAUACAAAUAUUAAAAAAAAUGUUCCAUGGCUUCGUGGAAUCUUAAACAAACAUUUCACAGAGACUACAUGCGUUUUACCAACCGUCGAUGGUGUUGUAUAUUCUUAUGAAGGUUCUGAUGAUAUCUUAUCUCACGGGGCAUUAAUUAAUCAUAAUCUUACUAUUAUUGAGAAUUGUGAAGUUGGAUAUCAUAAGGCUUAUACCAAUAGUUCUAGGUUUUGCCUGGGAAAAGGAAAAUGGUUAACCAAUUUUGAGAAAUUGUGUUUCAAAAUGUGUCCACCUCUAGACUCAAAUAGUUUGGAUAUUAAAUGUAGUCAUAAUGGUAAGUAUACUGGUAAUUGUUCAAAUUUAUCGAUACCCGAUACAAUAGCAACACCAUCAUGUAAGUCAACAUAUACUACAUCAAAUGGACAAGAUAACACUCCACUUGAAUUAAUUUGUCAAUCUAAUGGAACAUGGAAUAAACAACUAUAUAAAUGCGAUCCAUAUUGUGGUAGAGUGUAUAUCAUAAACCAAAUAUUGAUUAAUAAUGGUGAAGAAGCUCUUGUAGGGACGGCACCAUGGAAUGUUGGAGUAUAUAAAUUAAAUAAAACAACUUUCAAUUAUAACUUGAUUUGUGGAGGAUCAAUAGUUUCUCCAAAUUUAGUCGUUUCUGCUGCUCAUUGUUUUUGGCAAAAAGGUAUGUUAUCCAAUAGAAUAUCAAUAAACGACGGUCUAUACAAAAUUGCUGUCGGAAAAUAUGCGAGAGAUUUUUCAAUCAUUGACAAUGAUUUUACUCAAAUAAUUAAUGUAGAUAUUGUUAACCUGAAGGAAGGUUAUUAUGGACCUACUGGGUUUCAUGCUGAAGAUAUAGCUAUUAUUGUGUUACAAAAUAGAAUAUCUUUUAGUAAUGGUGUAGCACCUGUUUGUAUCGAUUGGAAUAGUAUAUACAAUGUUAGCAAUGGAGAUCAAGGAAAGAUUGUUGGUUGGGGAAAAACAGAAGAAGGCAUUUCAAAUCCUACUUUGUUAGAAGCAUCUUUACCAUACAUUGACCAUAGUUCUUGCCGGAAUAUGUAUACAAACGGAUUUGAAUCAUUUGUGACUUUUGAUAAAUUUUGUGCCGGAUCUGCAUUGGUUUCAGGACAAGGAGUGGGUACGGGAGAUAGCGGUGCAGGCUUAAGCUUUUUACACUCCAAUUCAUAUUAUUUAACCGGAGUAGUGAGUAUAAAAGAUCCAAAUACAAAAAACUCAAUCGCUGUUUUUACAGAAGUUAAAUAUCACAUUCAAUGGAUUCGUGAACUGUAUAGAAAAUAUAAUUAUGUCCCAUAA